UUUGACUCCUGGUAACAGAUGCCUCAAGCUGUGAGAAACAAACACAUUGAGGAGUGUGUUUAGGCCUAUCGCUCCAGGGCUUCCCUUGUGCCCUCACGCAGAGAGGAGCCCCGAGGGACUGACGCCAGCUGAGAAUGAAAAACAAGGCUUAAGUCCAAUUAUGGCAGAGGAAAGCCUGGAGACAGAUGGCCCCAGAUCAUCCAUGCCGGCUGAGCUCCCCCAUCCCUACUCUAAGUACACUCAGUGGAAGUUUAAACUGUUUAGAGUGAAGUCCAUUGAGAAGGCCCCUAUGUCCAGUGAGAAGGAAGCCAUGUCAGGGAUCUCUAAACCUAACCUUGGUACAGCUCCAAAUAUACUCCUUGAUAAUGGUACGACUACAGGGAGUGUUAUCAAAUUGUGUCUCGGUGGGAAAAGCAAGGAAACUGCUGAACCACUUCACCAGAGCAUGGAUCUGAAGCUCGAAGAAACUGACAACCACAUAAAGCACCUCAGAUGUCUGUGCCGUCUUUGUGGAAUCCUGCUAAGGAAAGUCAGUGGCCCAAUCCAUGAUGUUCACGCAGUUCUGGAUAAUGACAGCAAGAAUUCCCUCCGCAAAAUGGGCUGCACAUUCACAAAAUGGCCGGAGGUCAUACACAAAGUCUUUAAAGUGGACGUAACAACAGAUACAGAAUCUGUUCAUCCGCUUUCCUUCUGCCAUCGCUGCUGGAUGACUGCUAUACGGGGAGGGGGGGUAUGCAAUUUGUCCGAGACAAAAGUCCCCGAGUGGAAACCUCAUUGUGCUCUCUGCCACCUGUGUUCGCCUAAGAAACAAUCAUUCCACACGACUGGCAGAAAAAGGAGAACAGCCACUUCCAGAGCCCACAGCUUUGUCAAAAGAACCAGGUUGGAGCACAGCCAUAUCACUGUCAGCAGUGAAGGUCGAGUUCUGAGACCAUUUGGCAGCCACCUUCAUGGUGCUGCCCUUAAGACAUGGAAAAGUCCCAGUAUCCAAAGGAAGCACUGGAUGAGGACCAUCACACACUGUCAGAAACAACACCUGAGUAGCAAGCUUAUGUCUGAGAAUUUCCCUGUUGAUUUCCUCCGUUCUUUCACUUGCAUGGUGUGUGACCAUCUGCUCUCUCACCCAGUUCAAGCCCCCUGCGGCCACCUCUUCUGCCACAGCUGUAUUAUAAAAUACAAAAACUUGAUAGGGCCUCACUGUCCUGCCUGCAACUUACCCUGUUCCAGCGAUGACCUCAUUCCUCCCGCAAAAACUUUUUUGUUCGUCCUGCAUUCUCUGCUUUUGAUCUGCCCAAGAGAUGGCUGCGGUCAGCAUGUAAGACUGGACUCAUUUAAAGCUCACUGUAUGAGCCAUGAAGCGCAGGAUGCACGGCAGCAAUCAUCACAGCUUGACGACUACCUGGUUGCCAAUAAAGGGGGAAGGCCUCGCCAACACUUGCUAUCCCUCACGCGUCGAGCCCAGAAGCAUCGACUGAGGUCUCUGAAGAAACAGGUGAGGAUGUUUGCGGAUAAAGAAGAAGGCGGCGACCUAAAGUCAGUGUGUCUGACGCUGUAUCUUCUGGCGCUGAGAUCUGCGAAUGAACACCGAAUGGCAGAUGAGCUGGAGGUCACAAUGCAAGGCAGAGGCUUUGCAUUACAUCCUGCUGUGUGUUUGGCUAUCCGGGUCAACACCUUCCUGAGCUGCAGCCAGUAUCACAAAGUGUACCGGACUGUCAAAGCCACCAGCGGCCGCCAAAUCUUUCAGCCUUUACACGCUUUGCGAGCUGCAGAGAAAGAACUUCUCCCUGGCUUUCACCAGUUUGAAUGGCAGCCAGCUCUCAAGAACGUGUCUGCAUCUUGCAAUGUCAGGAUCAUAAAUGGGCUCUCUGGAUGGACUUCGACUUUGGAUGACUCACCACCUGAGACCAUCACACGUCGAUUCCGCUACGAUGUGGCUCUGGUGUCAGCAAUAAAGGAUCUGGAGGAGGACAUAGUGGAGGGUAUGAGAGAGAGGGGGAUGGAAGACAGUGCCUGUACCCUAGGCUUCAGUGUUCUGAUCAAAGAAUCUUGUGACGGCAUGGGAGAUGUCAGUGAAAAGCACGGCGGAGGCCCAGUUGUUCCUGAGAAAGCUGUUCGCUUCUCUUUCACCAUUAUGUCUAUUUCUGUAUUGCUAGAUGAAGGUAAUAGGCAGGAGGUUACAAUCUUCACUGAGCCAAAACCAAACUCAGAAUUGUGCUGUAAGCCCCUCUGUCUGAUGUUUGUGGACGAAGCGGACCACGAGUCACUCACAGCUGUCUUGGCGCCCAUGGUCGCAGAGCGUAACGCAAUAAAGGAGAGCAGGCUUAUCCUGACCAUAGCCGGCCUGCCUCGAUCUUUCCGCUUCCACUUUAGAGGGUCGGGAUACGAUGAAAAGAUGGUACGUGAAUUUGAGGGCUUGGAAGCCUCCGGAUCCACUUACGUCUGCACACUGUGUGACUCCAGUCGAGUGGAGGCUGCUAAAAAUAUGGUGCUCCACUCCGUCACACGCAGUCAUGAUGAGAACCUGGCACGUUAUGAAAUCUGGCGAACCAACCCAUUUUCUGAGUCUGUAGAGGAACUGCGGGACAGAGUCAAAGGCGUCUCUACCAAGCCCUUCAUAGAGACCCAUUCCACACUUGAUGCGUUGCACUGUGAGAUUGGAAAUGCCACAGAGUUCUACAAAAUUUUCCAGGACGAAAUAGGGGAGGUGUACCGAAAGGAAAAUCCCAGCCGGGAGGAACGACGCAGCUGGCGGGCAGCCCUAGAUAAAGAACUGAGGCAGAAGCUGAAGCUCAAACCUGUGAUGAGGAUGAACGGCAACUACGCCCGUAAGCUAAUGACCCUUGAGGCGGUGCAAGUGGUGUGUGAGCUGGUCCCCUCGGAGGAGAGGAGGGAGGCCCUGAGGGAGCUGAUGAGGCUGUAUCUUCAGAUGAAGCCUGUGUGGCGCUCCACCUGCCCAGCCAAGGAAUGUCCUGACCAACUCUGCCGCUACUCCUUUAACUCCCAGAGUUUCGCUGACCUAAUCUCCACUACCUUCAAAUACCGCUACAAAGGUAAAAUAACCAACUACCUGCACAAGACCCUGGCCCACGUCCCCGAAAUAAUAGAGCGAGAUGGAUCUAUCGGUGCUUGGGCCAGUGAGGGGAACGAGUCGGCGAACAAACUGUUCAGGCGUUUCCGCAAGAUGAACGCGCGCCAGUCAAAAGCCUUUGAGCUGGAGGAUGUCCUGAAACAUCACUGGCUCUACACGUCAAAGUACUUGCAGAGGUUCAUGCAGGCUCAUAAGUACUCUGUGAAAACCCUGCAGGCAACCAUUGACCCUGCAGAGAUCCAGGACAGUAAAAGUAUGUCGCAGGAGGUCAUUGAUUUUUGAUUUUGAAAUUAACCCGAAAGCUUUGAUUUAUUUAAUGUUCCAAGUUGUUAAAUAACACACUAUUUACUAAAAAAAUGAUGACAAUGAGUGGAAAUAUUUAUUUUUAGUAGUUCAUGUAAUAACCAAUAACCAAGCAACCAAAGGCCAAUUUUAAGUUUAUUUAUUCAUUCAUUUAUUGUUCAUUAAUGUUGGACGAUGUUAAGGCUGUUGGACUAGUUAAUUGUGUAUCUUGGCUGUUUGGAUGGUUACUGUGUAGGAACGGAUUGUAAAUUGAUAUAGACGGUAACCCACAGACUCAUUUUGCAACACAAAAGUAAUUUCCCCGCCCUCCAAUAUGUGAAGUAUAGCUCAGUUUAUUGUAUUGCAAGGAUGUGACAUUUUUAUGACUUUAUCAAGUGAAUAUUUACGGAGCCAGAUGAAAAUGGUGGAAGUCAUUAUGGGGAAAGUGUGUUAAGUUGACCAUAUUUGUGGAUUUGUGGCCAUUUCGAAUGGAGAGAAACCCAUUCACAGAGUUUAAUGCUCUUUGUUUCAUGACUGCCCUCUGCAAAAGAUUAAUUUAUUGCUUUAUCCUGGCACCCCUAAGGGCCGAAUAUAUGCCAGGUCACUUUGAACCGAAUUUUAUCUUUUUUAUUUUGCGCGUCUCAGAUGAUACAUCAUGCUUAUUCGACACCUUCACAUAAAAUAAAGCAUCUAAUGGCCUUUUUCAUAUAUCAUGAAAAUGCAAUUUACAGCCAAACACCAAGCCCAGUCUUGAGCAGGGAUUUUUCUUUAGCUUGGUACAAAACUGCACUUUUCCUCUUUUGACAUUUCUUCAUCACAAUGGCCCGAGAUGGAAGAAAGACAGAAGGACGUUGUGUAAACUGAGUUUGUUGGCAACUUUAUUUCUUUGAUCGAUUGCAUUGUCUCUUCCUGCCCUUGACAUUUGUGGGUGCGGCAAGCAAUUUUGUUUUCUUAUUUUAUUGGAUGUGUGAUUCCAUUUUACUGUCAUAAGUGCAACAAUACAACAACGUGGCUGUCACCGGCCUCAACAGGCAUCAUCUUUUAGAAUGCAUUUUAUGACGGCGUGUCUCAAAGUUGUGUUUUGCCAAAAUAAAUUGCGCUUCCAAGUAAAUCGGUGAUGGAUGAUUCACAA